GGGGUCGCCGUUGGACUAAGCGUCGGUGUAACAUUUACAGUUGAACCUGCAGCUUUGCCCUCAGAAAGCUGGUGCAGCUUAUCCUUCAAACCAAACUGUUACAUGAAACAAGUUUGUUAAACAAGCUCGCUGCAUUCUUCAUGUUAAACAUUUGGCCGUGGGUUAACCAAAGUCUGUAUAUUAGAAGCAAGCACGAGAAUCCCUCAUAAACUCAUUUGAUUUAUUAGUAUCGGCCAGCCACGAUCUUUAUAUCAGGUAGUUUAGCAAACGUUUGCUCGCUAGACAGCACUUCCCCCAUCAACAACAAACUAGUAAACCCUGCCUAGCCAAAGCUAGCUUAAUGAAAUGAAACGGACCCCAGCGAUUAUUAUCCGGAGGAUUGUUCCGAUCAUGUACAAGGACGUUAGCAGCGCAUUGUAGAUCUCUGUAAUAGAGAUCUUCUUCAGGAGUAGGAAUGGACGAGCAGAAAUCAAACUGCGAAGAAAAUGAUUCAGAAACUGCAGCUGAUGAUGGGACCCCUCCAAAGGAGAGCGUCCAGGUUGAGGGGGAACUGAGUGCACCUGUUGUUGCAGAGGACAUCUCGGGCACUACUGUGGACACUUCCAGUUUAUCAGCUGAGACUGUCAGGGCCUGUGCUCUCUGUAAUUGCGUGGAGCGUAGUCUGCAUGGACAACGGGAGCUCUGUUGUUUUGGACCCUCCUCUGAUCGACCCAGCUUGGAGCCCCCUGUCUCCUCUCUGCCAGCAGCUGGAAACGAUGACUUGUCUUCCAUUGGAUUCUCGGAAUCCACCUGUCUGGCAUCACUCUUUGAUGACACGGGGAGCUGUUGGGUUCACCACUGGUGUGCUGUGUGGUCAGAGGGAGUGGAACAGUCUGAGGGUGAGGUGCUGAUAAAUGUGGAUAAGGCAGUCAUCUCAGGGAUACAGCGGCCAUGUGAUUAUUGUAAGCGGAUGGGUGCUACCAUCCGGUGCCGGGCCGAAGGCUGCUCACGGUUCUACCACUUCCCCUGCUCAGCUGCGAGUGGAUCGUUCCAGUCCAUGAAGCAGCUGGCUCUCCUCUGUCCAGAGCACAUAGACAAAGCUGAAGAAAUUGCUGGAGAGGAGGCACGAUGUGCAGUAUGUGACUCCACUGGAGACCUGUCAGGUCUGCUAUACUGUACAGGCUGUGGGCAGCAUUAUCACGAUGCCUGUCUGGAGAUCAUUGCCUCACCACUUCAGCGUUCUGGCUGGCAGUGUCCUGAAUGCAAGGUGUGCCAGACCUGCAGGCAACCAGGGGAUGAUUCAAAGAUGCUGGUUUGUGAUGCUUGUGACAAGGGCUACCAUACUUUUUGUCUACUGCCAGCGAUGGACUCUGUGCCCCCUGAUUCGUGGAAGUGCAAACGGUGCCGUGUCUGUAUAGACUGUGGCGUGCGAGGGCUGAAGCUUCCUGGCUCUGAACAGUGGUUUGAGAGCUACACGGUAUGCGAAGGCUGUCAGCGGAGGCGCACCUCCAUCUGCGGUGUUUGCAGUAAAGCUACAGAGCCCUCUGUAUUCCUGCAACAUCGAUGUGCCAUCUGCCACAGAUGGGUACACAGUGAUUGUGCUUCUCUGUCAGGGUCUCCUGAGGAGAAAUGCAUCUGUGUGCUGUGCAAAGAAACCUCAGAUGAGGUUCCAGUUGAGUCCGUUUCAUCCACACAAGUGGGUGAGAAGGCUGAUUUGGAGGUGCCAAUGGAGUUGGGGAUGGAGUCCGAGGUUGAUGAAACGAAAGAAGCUAAAGAAAGCAUUAUGGAAGAAGCAUUACAACAUGAGGAUACUAAGGUCUUAACUGAGACUGUACACAGUCAAGUCUCUACAGAACAGCAGGACUCUAUAGCUACUGUUGCAGAUGUUGUUGAAGAACAAAAAGAGGAGACCAGCAAUGACACUGUGGUUGCAGAAGGCACUGAGCAAAUAUCAAAGGGCACUCAGGAACCUCCUGUGAAGGACAGCCCAGACAGCCCUGUCCCUGAUACUACAGAGGCAGCCCAACUUAAUGUGGCUGAUACUUGUACAGAAAGCCAAGAUGUAUCACAAGACGACAAGCAUCCUCAACCAGAGACCAGAGAGUUGAACAGCACAGAGGAGAUCCCAGAAACAAAGCCUUCAACAAGCCCACGUUCUCAGUCUUCUCAAACCCCACUCCCUGUUCCUGAAGAGGCAGAGCCUGUUGCUAUGGACAUGGAGGAUGUGGGAUCUGAAUCACGUCAGGAAGAGACAAUAGAAGGUCCUGUUGCUUCUCGAACUGAAAUGCCCACUGCAUCUGACACUGAUGAUAGAAUGGGCCAGUCUGAGGAUGAUGAAGAUGAGGAAGAGCAGGGGGUCGAAGAAUCCUUAGAAGAGUCUCUCAAUAAAGAUGAUAGUCAGGGGGAGGAGUCCAGAAAUGAGAUGCAAGAGAUGGAUACAAAGCCUGAGCUGGUCCUUGAUGAGACAUCUAACAUGAGCCACGGUGAUGGGAGCAGCAGUGGGUUUCUUGGCUCGCCAACUGAGGCGGAUUCUCAGAUGCUGUCCAUGGACCUCAGCUUGGGGCCGGUCGGCAGGACUCGUUCUGAUUCGUUGCUCACCGAGACUGAGGACUCGUUGCCUUUUGAUCCGCUAAAACCUGAUGGAGAGAAAGUGAAGCGUAGAGGUUCUCCAGGACGCUCGCGGGUAAAACAGGGUAGAGGCAGUGGCUUUCCGGGUAAACGACGGCCACGUGGUGGUGGUGGCGGCGGCAGUGGUGGAAGAGGUCGUGGUCGGUCACGUCUUAAAGCAAUGGCCUCUUGCGUAGAUGCGUUUAUAUUAAGCAUGACCGCAGACACUGGACUUGGCAAGGAGGAGGAGGAGGAGGAGGAUGACACCAUGCAAAAUACUGUGGUACUUUUCUCCAACACCGAUAAGUUUGUCCUGCAGCAGGACAUGUGCGUAGUGUGUGGUAGUUUUGGACAAGGUGUGGAGGGCCAGCUUUUAGCCUGUGCGCAGUGUGCUCAAUGUUAUCAUCCAUACUGUGUGAACAGCAAGAUCACCAAGAUGAUGUUGAGGAAAGGCUGGCGUUGUCUUGAGUGCAUUGUGUGUGAGGUGUGCGGGAAGGCCUCUGAUCCUGCCCGGUUGCUGCUUUGUGAUGACUGUGACGUCAGCUAUCACACUUACUGUUUGGACCCACCAUUACAGACCGUGCCCAAAGGAGGCUGGAAAUGCAAAUGGUGUGUGUGCUGUAUGCAGUGUGGUGCUAGUUCUCCAGGUUUCCACUGUGAGUGGCAAAAUAACUACAAUCACUGCGGCCCCUGCGCCAGUCUGGUAACGUGUCCAGUGUGUCGCGAGAACUUCAUGGAGGAGGAGCUGCUUCUGCAGUGUCAGCACUGCGACAGAUGGGUUCACGCUGUAUGUGAGAGUCUUUACACUGAGGAUGAGGUUGAACAAGCAUCCGAUGAAGGGUUUGCCUGCACAGCCUGUACACCCUAUGUACCCAGGCCAGUUGUGGAGUCUCCUAUGAUGUCAGCCUUUAGAAUUAAAGAACCAGAGCCACAGUUUUAUCGUCUGGAGGGUGUCUGGCUCACAGAGACAGGCAUGUCUUUAUUGCGGAGCAUCUCCAUGUCACCCCUGCACAAGCGCAGGCAGCGCCGGUCUCGACUUGGCACCCUGUGUAUCGAUGAGCUGAAAGAAGGCGAGGCAGAUGGCGACGAGAGUAAAGGGGGUGCAGAAGCGAUGGAAUGUGAGCACAAGCUGGAGGCCCCUGGAAGCCCAGACAGAGAUGGAGGAGUGGACCGAGAGAUGGGAGCAGACGGAGGUGUAGAGGGCAUGGCUGACUGUGACGCUCUUAAAGGUGGAGCAGAGGAAACUGAAGAUGGAAAGAAAAGAAAGCGUAAACCAUACAGACCAGGGAUUGGUGGAUUUAUGGUCCGACAGAGAAAAUGUCACACACGAAUGAGGAGAAGUCUGUCUGCUUCUGGUGAUGCUGCUCCUGAAGGUCAAACAGCUGAAGGAAAACUUGAGGACGGCAAGUGUCCCCAUCCUGAUAUACCUCUAGAUGUCUCAGAAGCAAAGACAACAGAGGGAGAGGCGGAGCAAGCCAAAAAGCGCAGAGGCAGAAAGAAAAGCAAAUUGGAGGACAUGUUUCCUGCAUACCUGCAAGAGGCUUUCUUUGGAAAGACAUUACUCGAUCAGAGUAAGAGAGCAUUUCUUGCCCCUCCAAUCCAAAGACAUAUGCAGGGCAUUCCGAGGCCUCCACUCCCUGGACAUGGAGCCAGAAAUACAGAUCAAGUUGAGGCCACAGUCAGGCCAACAUGUCCUCCCAUGGAACUAAAGCAAGAGGGUGGAGUAUCCAAGCCUCCAGGGGAUGAAACGGGAGUAGUACCAGGAGCAAGUGGGCAACUUUCCAACAGAGAUCAGCGAUCAGGUGAUGUACCUGGAUCUGACAAACAGAAGAAUGAAGAUCUGCCUCAAAGACUAGAAAGUCAGGACUCAGAGCAGUUCUUCAAAAGGGUUCUUGGACCCACUGAGGGGAGCUCUGUAAGUGGUGUGCUUCAGCCUAGCAUUAAGCCUGAGAGUGAGCCAAAUCAAAUUGGUUUGCCACACAGAAACCUCCUUCCAGGUGCUUCCCUAUCUGGUGCACUGCCUUCGACUGGUAUGAUGGACACGUUUCCAGGUCUCUCCCAGUCACCCUUUUUUGACAUGCGGGAUCGAAGUGGUCUCUUCAGCCCUGAUCAGGAUGAGGAUAGUCCAUGGGCAACACCAUCCACUCCAGCUACCCCUUCCACUCCCCCAACUCCUACUGAACAGGAGGGUGAUGGCCUCUCAUACAAUCAACGCAGCCUGCAGCGCUGGGAAAAGGAUGAGGAAUUAGGAAAUCUGUCUACCAUCUCUCCUGUACUUUAUGCUAACAUGAACUUCCCAAGUCUUAAGCAGGACUACCCAGAUUGGGCCAGUCGCUGCAAACAAAUAAUGAAGAUUUGGAGGAAGGUAUCAGCUGCAGACAAAGUUCCUUAUCUGCAAAAGGCCAAAGAUAAUAGAGCUGCUCAGAGAAUAAAUAAGGCACAAAAGCAAGCAGAGAGUCAAGUAUGUCGGCCUAUCAAAACUGAACCAGGUCGAAUAAAAGGAGAGCGUCCUAAUCUGCACCUUCAAAUUCCCCCACCCUCAUGCUCGGUUUCAACUUCCUCCCAGCCAAGCUCUGCUGAGAGUCCAUAUCCUCUUGCCCCAGACUCCGCGUCUUCAGCCUUCUUUUCUGAUGGACCCCUCAAAACGCCAUGCUCCGUUGAUGACCCGUUUUCUAAACUUCCCUCUCAGUCUCCUCACCUUCAAUCUCAGCCAUCCACUCCAUACUCACAUCCUUCUUCCAGCCCCUUGCAGGGCUCUUCCUCAGGUUAUCCUUUGCCUGGCCCACAGGGUGCUACUCAGGGACGGCUAGCCAAUUUCGGCUCCCUUGACAUGCAGCCAGGGACUCCUCGUAGAGCCCAGCAGUUUGACCCAUUCUUUAGACCACAGCACCAGAUCCACAAACCACAACAGUCCCCUCAGGAGGCCUUCGGUACACCUGAGAGUCCUCGACCUAGGGCAGUUGGCCCUGGAGACUCUCCAAUGUUCUCGCCACCCCAUACAGCUCAUUGUGGUGACUUUUACCGUGGCCAGCAUGGAGCUGUCCGACAAGAGCAUGCUGCUUCUCCAUCACCAUCUGGUAUAGCUUCUUCACCUGCUGGGAUGGGCCCAAAUAGGGGAGAAGUUAGUGCCCCCUCUCCACGUUCAUUUAGCAGACCAGACUUAAGUGCUGGUUCUCCUGCUAGUUUAGAAUCUGGAGAUGGGUUAUUUAAAGCCCCCAUGACACCUCGUAUGCAUCAGGGGGAUGCAGGGAACUUGUCAGUUUCCCACCCCCCAGGUGCCUCUCCUAGUCAUGUUCCUGAGAGCUACCGCCAAUCUCCUUCGUCAUUCAAUGAUCCUUAUGCCCAGCAUCCCCUUACACCACGACCUCAAUCAAGUGACAGCUCCUCUCCUUUGCCCCAGAGACUUACUGCACCUCAGCAAGAAACAUAUUCAAGAUUGCCUUCAAGUCCUCAGUCACAAGGCAGUUCUCAGUCACCUCUCACACCAGGAGCCAUUUCCAAUGAUGUACUUUCUGUUCAGUCACCUGGCACGCCACGCUUCCAGUCUCCAGACCCUUAUUCUCGCCCACCUUCACGACCGCAGUCCAGAGAUCCCUAUGCCUCGAUGCAUAAACCCCCUCGCCCAAGUUCUGUAGCACCAGAAAGUAACCCCCAUUUUAGAGGCUCACCCCAUCCAAGCCAACCCAGCCAGCAACCUCCCUGCUCACCCUCAGUUGCUGAUCCACUCUCUGGAAAGCCACCUGCUUUUAGCUGCAGUCCUAGUAUAGGGCUUCAAAUCGGCCAGCAAGUAGUUGGUCAGCAGCAGAUGAAUACUCCUCUGCAAGCUCAGGUUCACCUCCAGCAGCCACAGUCCCAGAAUCAACCAGUGGGUGCUGAUUUUAACUCAAGAAUAGCACUUUCAUCUGGAAACCAGGAUACAGUCUCUGUGCGGUCAUCAGAUGCUUCACAUUUACCCACCAUGCCAGGGACACAGGAUUUGCCCGAGCUGCCAGCUGGUCAGGAUCUAGCUCUCAUGAGUCCAUCUGAGUUAGAAAAGCACAGACAGAAGCAACGUUUAAGAGAAUUUUUGAUACGACAAAAAGUGCAGAGAAAUUUACGUCAAGAGAAGGAAACACCUGUUGUAAGUAAUCCUGCCCCAAAUUGGCAAGUAGGAGAAAUGACAGGCUUUCCACAAGACAAAACCCAACGAGCACCACCUCCUUACCCUCAGGACAGAGCUGUGGUUGCUCAGGGAGCCAUUGCCAGCAGGAUGCCUCUGCCAGUGGGAGCUAUAGAUGAAAAGGUCUGCCGCCCCCCUCCUCCUGGGACACCAGCAUCUCUGGAUCCCAAUGCAUUAAGGCAAGCUGUGCCCAGUAUUUCUCAGGGGAUGUAUUCUCGUCCGCCUUUUCCUGCACAGUGGCAAAACCAAGGUGGUCCACGGAGAUUCCCACAACCAUCUAUGAUAGAAGGUGUUCCACGGCAGCAUCUUAAUAAUCCCAUUAACAAUCCUCUCAAUGUACAGAAUAUGCCUAUACAAAAUAUUUCCAAUCCUUUGGCAGCGGUACCAGGCUCUGGAGAGGCAGUACAAAGCUGUGUAUCGGGAGCUCCGCCUCAGUUCAUAGAGUUGCGACAUAAUUCCCAGCGGAUGCCACUGGGUCCUCAGUUUAUGCAAAGGGCACCUUUACCAAGACCACGACUGUUUCAUCCACAACAGGAAAUGAAUCCUGCAUUUGUUCAGCAGACUUUACCCCAAUCUCUUGAUACUUCAGGUGAAGGUAUCCGUGAUCCCAGACUUGGGUUACAACAGGGUGGCAUGAACCUAUUGAUGCAACAACAAAGCAAUGUGCCCCCUUCUCAAACGCAACUACAGCCUCAACAGGUCCCAAAUACUACCCCCAAAACACCCAUUUCUCACACUACUGCUCAACAGCUUCCUCAAACAAGUACAAUAGGAGGUCAACAGACUGUUGUCAAUCCAGUUGACAUACCCGAUUCUGACCUAGUAGAUGCAUUUGCUCCCAAAGGACUGAGUGAUACAGUGGCAGAAACAGGAGUUGAAGAUGAUGAUCUUGCUACUCUCGACCUGGAUCCAGAUAAAGGGGAUGAUGAUUUGGGAAACCUUGACAAUCUUGAGACCAACGAUCCUCAUUUGGAUGAUCUUCUUAACAGUGAUGAAUUUGAUUUGCUAGCUUACACUGACCCUAUGCUUGAUCAGGGUGAUCCCAAAGAUGUUUUUUCAGAUCAGUUACGACUUGUUGAAGCAGAGGGGGAAGGAUCAGGGUCCUCUGCUAAUGUAGAAAUCAAGAUGGAAGAAAAACCAAAAGCUGGGCUAACUUCCCAAGAUACACAUACUGCCAGUCAACCACCUUUAAAGACUGAGAGUUCUUCUACUAAUACUUUAAGCUCUCCUAAGGUAGAGCCUGAUGCUAUUAGACUGUCCUCUGUAAAACUUGAAGACAAGGGUCUGGUUGAACAACAACGAUCAGGACUAACUUCUGCUAAAGAUGAUAUAGGGGAAGCAGUCUCUGCGUUGCUCAGUGAUACAAAGGCUUCUAAUCAAGAGACAUCAACUGCUUCAUUGAGCACUGUCCGUUUGGGUGGUCUGCCUUUUCCUUUACCCAGCCAACAAGAUACAAUUUCUUUCCCAUCAGAUGCACCACAUCCAGACCUGGGUGCUAAUCCACUUGGAUUGCCAGAUACUGGGCACCACUCCACGGCGGAAGUAGAAAAUUCCUUGGAAGCAAGUGAACUCCCUUUGUUAAUACAAGAUCUUUUGGAACAUGAAAAGAAAGAACUUCAAAAACAGCAACAACACUUAAGUGCUCUACAGGGUGGAAUUGGUAGUCAGCUUCACAACAUUCAGAAUCCUCAACAGCCGGGGCAAAAUCAAAUCAUGAUGUCGCAGCAGCACCAUCAUCCAUCCCAGGCCCUUGUGCCUCAAGCAGGUAUGGUGCCCAGGCCACCACCCCAUAUGUUACAGCAACAGCAGCAGAGGUUAAUUGGUGGUGCUGGACCUUCACCACCUCAUGCAGCAAUGGGACCACAGCAGCAAGGUGUGAUACGAGGUGGACAGACUGGCAGAAUACACCCUGGUCUUGCUUCUCAGCAGCAGUCAGCACCAUCUCCACAAGUUGUUAAACAGCAGAAUUUGCCCAGCAACUUUUUCCCAGAUAAAGAUUUGGAUAAAUUCAUGACAGAUGACAUAAUGGAUCCUAUUGCUAAAGCAAAAAUGGUGGCUCUAAAAGGGAUUAAAAGAGUGCUGGCUCAAGAUCCUAUUGGUGUAUCACCUGUGAUGAAUAGGCAGCAAGUAUCUCUCUUAGCCCAGAGACUAACCUCAGUCCCAGGAAGUGAGGAUCCUCAGGCUCAACUGGCACCUGGGUCUUCCAAGGAGGGAGAAGGAAGUGACCAAGUUCAAGCAAGACCAAAUCCUCCACAAUUUGGCAUUAUCAAUGAUGCUGAACAGCACCAAUAUGAAGAAUGGCUUGUGCACACACAGCAGUUGCUACAAAUGCAGUUGAAAUUCUUAGAGGAGCAGAUUGGGGCACAUCGCAAGUCUCGCAAAGCUCUAUGUGCCAAGCAGCGUACUGCAAAAAAAGCUGGACGUGAAUUUGCAGAAGCAGAUGCUGAAAAGCUCAAAAUGGUCACAGAGGAACAGAGUAAGAUCCAGAAGCAAUUAGACCAGGUUCGUAAGCAACAGAAGGAGCACACCAAUCUUAUAGCAGAGUAUAAGAGUAAACAGCAGCAGCAUCAGCAAGGGCCCUCCAUGCUAGCUCCUGGGCCCUCAACGCAGGCACCACACAUGAUUUCCAAGAUGCCUGGACAAAUGAUGAUGGGUCAACAGGGAGGACCAGUUAUUGGUCAAACUCCUGGAGGGAUUCCUCCAGGUGGGAUGCCUCAAGGAGGGAUGGCUCAGGGAGGAGUGCCUCAAGGAGGGAUGCCAAUUAGAAUGCCACAAAUGCAACCAUUUAGUGGAGCCCAGCCUCCUCUUCCACUGGGUACUGUGCAAUCGGUUCCACCUCCUGGUUUUUUUCCACAAGGCCCUGGAACACAAGGAGCAGACCCAAGAGUUAUACAGGAGAGGCAGUUACAGCAUAGGAUGCAAAUGGUCCAGAAAUUGCAGCAGCAACAACAACAGCAGCAGUUAAUGAUUGGGCAGCAGCCAGUGUCACAUCAACCUCAGCAACCUGGUAUAAUGAAUCAACAGCCUGGAGCCAUGGGUAACCAACCAGCCCAGGUUUUAAUGGGCAAUACACUGAUGGGACAGCAACAGCAACCAAACUUACAACAGGGAUUAAUGAAUAACCAGCAAGGCUUAAUGCAGGCUCCUCCGGGUAUGAUGGGAAACCAGGUUAUUGGACAGACGCAACAUAAUGUCAUGAACCAGUCAAUGGCUCAGGCUUCAAAUAUGAUGGCUGGCCAACCACAGGGCAUGGUGGGUAAUCAGCAGAUUGUUCAGCAGCUUCAGAGACCUCAGGGUUUGAUAGAUCAGCAUGGACCAGGUGUACAACAUGUUGUUAGGGGGCCACCAACCCAGCUUACACCUCAACAGCAAAGUGUAAUGGCUCAGCGCAUACUCAUGUCACAGCAGCAACAAAAUGCUGCAAAAAACCUUGCUCAGCUUCAACAGCAGCAAAUUUCGCAACAAAAACAACAGUCACAGGCUGGUCCAUCACCAUCAGAAACUCCACCAUCAGGAAGCACUCAAGGAGUUGCUGAAAAUUUGCAACAGGGGGUUCAGGGUCUGACCCAAGACAUUCAGAAUCCUGUCCAAAAAGAUGGAGGAAUACUUAGUCCAAAAACACCACCCAAACAAGGUGGACCCCCUACACCAGUUCAGAUGCAGCAGCAAGGGGCCAGUGGAGAACAGCAGUGUGUUGCUGGACAGCCACAACAACCCCAUGGUUUUCUAAGUCAGCAACAACAUACAGCACAACAGCAACCAAAACAGAACACUGGAGAACAACAUGGUUUUGUGAGCAACCAGCAGGCUGGUGUACCACCACAGCAGCAACAGAUGCUACUUCAGACACCAAAUGCCAUACAAAUUAAACAGGAAGAUAAUCAAAUGUCUUUCAUGGCCCAGCAACAAGGUAGUCAAAUUGUUAUGCACCAACCACCAGAUGUGCUUGGCAAGAAUAGUGGUCAGUCUCAAACUACAAUGACUGGUGUUGCAAAUCAACAACAGCAAGCCAUGUUGACCCAAAUGGGGAUGCCUAGAGGUCAACAGGUAGUGAUGGCUCCAAGGCCUGGUGUUCCCAUAGGGCAAAUACGUCCCCCUAUUAACAUUCAAGCCUUCAUUGCGCAGAACCCUCAGCUGCGUCAUCUGACUCCUAACCAACAGUUGCAGCACAUUCAGGCAAUGAUUGCUCAACGGCAGUUACAGCAAGGCCAGAUGCUAAGAAUGCAAGGUCAGGCCCAGGGUCAAAUGCGCCCCCAGGUCCCACAGGGGCUAACAGUAGGUCCACGAAUUGUAGGUCAGGAAGCGCAACAGCAACACCACUUUGGAUUGGCAGGCAAACACUGUCCAGCUGGCAUUCCACAGCAACCAGGAUCAAUGGUACACCCUUCUGGUAUGGCACCGCAGUAUCAUCAAGGUGUUGUGGGGACCUCACAAGGACCCUCACAACAGUACAUCAAUAAUGCUCAGCAGCAGCAGAUGUUACAACAGCAACACCAGCACCAGAUGAUGAGGGGUCAAGUGCCCAGGCCAGUAAUGGGUCCAGUUCGUACCACAGCACCCGGACAAAUGCCUAGGCCACUGUCUCCUCGACAGUUAAUGGGUCAGGGUUCUCCUGGAAGUCCGCUCUCCAAUCAGCAAAGGCUCAUGAGAAUGUCUCAAACUCCACCGGGUGCCCAGCAUCUUCAGCAGCAAUCAUCUCACAUGUCAACAGCCUUGAGCCCCUUUCAAGCCUCACCAUCUCAUGCAGGUUCUCCUGCAGGGUCAUCUGCUCCAGAAGCAGGUUCCAGCCCAGCAUCUUUAAAUAAACCAGAGCCAGGGUCUGUCUCCCUCUCCAGUCACUUGUCAUCACCCUCUAGGCCAGACAGUGUUGCUGGAAAAAAUAGCCCCUUCAGCCAGACAGGGGCAUCAACUGCUUCACCUUUGAGAUCUCCAAUUGCCAAGGCUCAAUGCCUCAAUUCUGAAGCACUUACAGCUUCUGUUCCACUCAAUGGCCCAUCUCCUCAGCGGACACCGAACCUACCACAAGUAUCAAGUGCUACCCAAGUAUCUCAGUCAACACCACUGCCAGGUGAAAUUUGCAAAAUGACGCUACAGAACAUCAAACAAGAGCCACGUGAAGUCCAAUGUGAUGCUGGAAGUAGUGUAGAAGCCCAUUCUAAUAUUAUUAAGAGAGAAAUUGCUGGAGAGGCAGUCAGUGUCAGCAGUGCCGCUUCUAUUGGGAACUCUGUUUCGAGCCCUAGAAAUCAAGCAGGAGAUCUCGGAUCCCAAAUCCAAAGAACAGAGACCGGCCAACAGCUACUGCAGAAACUCCUCCGAACAAAAAACUUACAACUGGCAUCCCAGAGGUCCACAGAUGGUAUUCAUAAUGAAAUUAAUGGUCACAUCAAUAGCAAGCUGGCAAUGCUGGAGCAGAAACUUCAAGGAACUCCAAGGAACAUGGAGGAUCUGCAGUCACUGACUAAAAGAGCCCCAAUAGUCAAGGCCAAGCGUACUGCAAAAGCUGGAGAGCGUGGUCCAAACUCUCGUAAGAAAACGAAAAAAGAAGAGACUGGAAAAACUGAGGCAAUAAUGAAGCAACUGAAGCAGGGACUUUCUCUUCUUCCUCUGAUGGAGCCAUCCAUUACUGCUAGUUUGGAUUUGUUUGCUCCUUUUGGCAGCAGCCCAGCCAAUGCCAAGACUCAGUUGAAAGGCUCUUUUGGAAAUGCAAUCCUGGACAAUAUCCCGGACUACUAUUCACAGCUUCUUACAAAGAACAACCUUAGCAAUCCUCCAACACCACCUUCUUCACUUCCCCCUACUCCACCCCCCUCUGUACAGCACAAACUUCUCAACGGGGUGACCCCUGUGGAAGAACUAGCAGAAGGUCAGAAAGAGACGGAGGCAUCAGAAGAUACCAUGGGUUCUGUUUCAGAGGAAGUCAAGAGCGUAGAUAUACUUGCUGCUCUCCCUACUCCUCCACAUAAUCAGAACGAAGAUAUACGGAUGGAGAGUGACGAUGAUAGUGAAGCUCCAGAUAGCAUUGUGCCUGCAUCCUCACCUGAAAGCCAGCUAGGUGACGAGACAACUCGCUUUCCCCAUUUAUUAGAUCCUAAGGAAGAAGAGGAUGAGAGGACCAUCUCACCUGCUAUUCCUAUUAUUCCACGUUCUGCCAUUCCCAGUUUCUCUGAGACAAAACCAUUCGAAUCAGUGGGUGGAAAGGUUGUACCAUCGUCCAGCCAGUGGGACAAAGCCAAAAGCAAUGAAGUGUCUGUUACAUUCAUGCUUUCGUCAGCUGCAGCUAAGAAUCUUAACACGGUGAUGUUAGCGGUUGCUCAGCUCCUGCAAAUACGUAUGCCAAAUUCAUAUGAGGUGGCUUUUCCCCAGAGUCCGGGUACAGCAGGUGUUGUGCCAGGGAAAGUACAGGACUCCUCCUCAAUUCCAGACAUAAAAACAAACCCUUCAGCAAGCCAUGAUGCAGAGUGGCUUAGGCAGUUUGAUGUGUCUCUCCCAGGGUGUACCCUAAGAAAACAAGUCGACAUUUUGUCUAUCAUCAAACAGGAAUGCCAAGAGCAAGACGAUAAACCUGCACAGCACUGUUACAUGACAAACGUUUCAGAUCUUGAUGUGCGACAUCUGCCUGUUAUUCCUGUGGAGGUAUCUCCACCUCCAUCGCCAUCUCCACCUUCACCUCCAUCGCGUGCUGUAGUUGAACCAGAAAACAUCACUCACCCCGAGUCCAAACUUGAACCGGACUCUAAUGUUCAAUCUACAUCAUCCUCUCCUUCAAGCCCGAGCGCCCCAGUCAAGGCCGAACCUGAGAGUGAUAUUGUCAAAACAGAGUCUCACAACAUCCCAGUUACGAUGGCGUCCGAAUCUCAAGAACCUGUUGUUCUCCCUCCAGCUGCUCCAUCUGAAGAACAACCCUCUGUUCCGGCUAGCUCUCCUUCUCCUCUGGACUCCCCCACUAUAGAGAUCAAAACCAUCAAGCACCGUAGCAGACCCCUUUCUGACGAAGAGGAAGAACGCCCCAAGAUCAAAAAAUGGAAGGGUCUGAGGUGGAAACGUCUCCAGAUAGUUAUCACCAUUCGCAAAGGUGGUUCCAAGAAAGAGAGCAGUCGUGAAGUUUCUGAGCUGAUGGAGCGUCUUCGCAUUACGCUAAAACCAGACAAGCUCCCUCGCGACAAGCGCAAGUGCUGCUUCUGCCACGAAGAGGGAGACGGUGCCACCGACGGUCCUGCACGUCUUCUUAACAUUGAUGUUGACCUCUGGGUGCAUCUCAAUUGUGCUCUGUGGUCAACGGAAGUGUAUGAGACUCUAGGCGGGGCUCUUAUGAACGUGGAGGUCGCCCUUCGCCGUGGUUUGCGAACGCGGUGUGCGUACUGUCAGAAGACGGGUGCCACAAACAGCUGCAACCGCCUGCGCUGCCCCAAUGUCUAUCAUUUCGCCUGUGCUAUUCGAGCCCGUUGCAUGUUUUUCAAAGACAAGACUAUGCUCUGCACCCAGCACAAGCUCAAAGGCCCCAGCGAAGAGGAGCUUAGCAGUUUUGCCGUGUUUCGACGUGUCUACAUCGAACGUGAUGAGGUGAAGCAGAUUGCCAGCAUCCUGCAACGCGGUGACCGCAUUCACAUGUUCCGUGUAGGUGGGCUCAUCUUUCAUGCCGUGGGCCAGCUCUUGCCAUCUCAGAUGGCUGUUUUUCAUUCACCCACUGCUAUUUUCCCUGUGGGCUACGAGGCCACACGGAUUUACUGGAGCACUCGUGUGCCAAACCGUCGGUGUCGCUACCGCUGCCGCAUCAGCGAGCAGGAUUGCAGGCCGCUGUUUGAAGUACGUGUGCUUGAGCAUGGAUACGAAGACUUGCACUUCCGAGAUGACACUCCAGAUGGCAUCUGGUGCAAGAUUGUGCAGCAGGUUGCCAAACUGCGUGAGGAAGCAGCCAUGUUGAAGCUUUUCACGGAGCAUGUCAAGGGUGAAGAAAUGUAUGGACUCACUGUACACGCGGUGAUGCGAAUCACUGAAUCGCUUCCUGGUGUGGAAAAUUGUCAAGAUUACUCAUUUAGAUAUGGACGCCACCCUCUCAUGGAGCUUCCUCUCAUGAUCAACCCUACAGGCUGUGCACGAUCAGAACCCAAAAUACUCACACACUGCAAAAGGCCUCAUACUCUUAACAGCACAAGUGUGUCUAAAGCCUAUCAGAGCACAUUUACCGGGGAGAUCAACACCCCUUACAGUAAACAGUUUGUUCAUUCCAAAUCUUCUCAAUACCGUCGACUAAAGACUGAGUGGAAGAACAACGUGUACCUGGCCCGCUCUCGCAUUCAAGGACUGGGUCUGUACGCCGCUAAAGACCUUGAAAAACACACCAUGGUCAUCGAGUACAUCGGCACCAUCAUUCGCAACGAAGUGGCAAAUCGCCGAGAAAAGAUUUACGAGGAACAGAACCGUGGGAUCUACAUGUUUCGUAUCAAUAACGAACAUGUGAUUGAUGCCACCUUAACAGGUGGUCCUGCUCGUUAUGUCAAUCAUUCGUGCGCACCCAAUUGUGUUGCGGAAGUCGUGACAUUUGACAAAGAAGACAAAAUCAUCAUCAUUUCUAGCCGCAGGAUCCCAAAGGGUGAAGAGCUGACCUAUGACUAUCAGUUUGACUUUGAAGACGAUCAGCACAAGAUCCCCUGCCAUUGUGGAGCCUGGAAUUGCAGAAAGUGGAUGAACUAGCCUAGCGGGGACAAAGCCUCGCAUUUGUUCCCUGGUGGUGCCAGAACACUCCUGCGCCAAAGCCUGUUAAAUUCUUACUAUCCAGAUAAUAAGCUGUUCCGAAAUGAGGAGGAGAAGUUCGCUCCGUCACCUAAAAGAUAAGACUUUAUUCACAAGAAGAGCCAAAGCUUUGAAGAGUAAACUUCUUUUGCCACAACCUGAGCUCAAAGGUAUGGGACCUUUCUUGUUGAGAAACUUCACCUCUGCCAAAAGCACCUCUACUUUCUCCUCCGACGUUUCCUUCUACAAUAAGCUGACUGUGGCUGCAAUCGAUCCCUUCUACAUCUACCAAAACAACUGAAUUUAUAGCAUAUCACUAGUACUCAGUGAAGAUGUGUGAUUAAAGCCAUGCAAGUACUGAAAAACGAGAACACUUUAGCUCGGACCCAUACUUUCCGCUACCACCCCCGAAAGACCUUCUCCCAUGAAAUCAUCAAUGAAGAUUGACAUUGUGGACAUUGGCAAGACAAUCCUGAAGUGGCUCUGCUAUAUGAAAUACUAUUGACCUGUGGCUCACAAGGCACCAGAUGUUUUAUUAUAUUGAGUUCAAAGGUGGGUUUAUUUCACCCAGUCUACCUCAUUGAGUUUGUGGGAAGUCACUGCUUCGUAUGAAACUGUUAAGUGCUACUGUGUGGAUAGGGGAAGGCAGGAAUGUGUCUGUGGCAAACUAGCAAUUGCCUUCUCGGAUAAGCAGGGAAUCUUAAGCAGCAGGUUUGCUCCUAUCUAUGUUUUGCUUUCUAAUGAUUUCAAUAAUGAGCCAAUGCAAAUAUUAUAAGAUCAUACAGUUGAUGCAUUACUUACAGCAAUCAAACGGGUGUCUUAAAACCUAAUCGGACUGUAGAUAUCAUGUAGCCGUCUCUGCACAUCAGAGCAUCACGCUUUUUAGAGUAUGAAUGCUCUUUUAACGAUUUAGUAACGAUGGAGCAAACUGUGUGUGAGUGAUAGACGACGAGGGCCGCUGCGUACGCUUCGAGACAUCACAGAUCCACGUGCAGAAGUCAUUCUUUGACGCUUCAGGCAAAUAAAAGGUGGAUGUGUUUAACAUGUUGAAUUCCUACAUCCUGCCUUCAUUAGAUCUCAUCACUCCAACCAGGAACUUUAGGUGUAAGCCUCUUCCCUUCUGUGAUAGUGGACUGUUGUAAACUUACUGUAGUGAGUCUUUCUCUGCCUGCUGACAGCCUGUGUAUCUUAUCUAUGUAUCGUGGUUUGAUAGUGCUAGCACAGUCUACGGGCUGAAAGCGGUGGCAGAGAAAGGCUUAAUAAAGGGCAUUUCUAUUUUCUUUUAUAUAAGCGUAAUUUAAAACGGUUGAAUUUCAAAGAAGGGAGUCGAACAAAGUCUUCACAUAGCCCUUGCUACUUUGUUCCUCGCUCCCCUUACGUAUGACCUCACGUUAAAGAUAAAUGCAAAUGUAUAAACUGUACAUAACGGGGGACUAAACUCUUUAUCCAGCCCCUUUUUAAUCGAAUUCAAAAUUGUAGAGAAAUAAAAUUCAUGAAAAAGCAACCACUGGAUAUCAUUUUAUCAGAAAACUAAAUGUGUAAAUAGCUAUAAAUAUAUGUAAAAUGGCAAACUAAGUAAUAUCUUUAUGUAUAUGAACCAGAGUGUUUUUGCAUUUAGUUUUUUUUCUAUCUGCAUUUUUCCUACAAGACCAUAUGCAGUCGAACUACAGGUGUGAUGUUUCUCGUCUUCACCAAUGAAAUUGGAACGGGUGUGGUGAAUUCGUUUUGGAGGGGGUUAUCCUGAUCAUAUUUCUUCUUCACGGAUACUUUUUGAAUGAAAAAAGCAGUGAAAUGGUGCAUAGCAUUUGUGUAUUUAUGUAAUAUUGUUCACGUAUAUUUCUUUUAUUUAUGCAACUGCUUGUGAAUUACUGAACCCUGUCCUUGAAUCAGUGACAGUUUAAAUGAGUAUAUACAGUAAAUGGAAAAUCUUGACGCUCCCAAGAUGUUUUUGAUUUGUGUCCUGUUGUUUUUUUCCUCCCUGUAGAAGUGAAUGUUUUAUACAACUUUGUGAAAAGGCCUGAUUGUGGGUGAAUGGUAUGGCUUCAUUAAUCGAAAAACAUCUCCCAAAUUACAUGUGAAUUGCACUCGAAAUCAUUUUAUUUAUACAUCUUGGAGGUAUCGGAACUAGUAUCGGAUGCUCUUUCUUAUAAGUCUAGUAUGUUAUUGAAGACGAGAAUGCUUGCUGGAUUUUAGCCAGAGAAACUCACGCCCCCUUUGUUAUUUUGAAAUUUUAAUUUAAGGUCUUUACAUGUGUUGUAAUUAAAUAAUCAUGAUUUUUCGUUUUUGAACCUGACCUACUUUUUAAAAAAAUAUGCUGCAACUGUACAGCAGAGCUACUUUUAGGAAAGAUGAAUAAAUGAUCGUUUUUAUCGUAUGUGGCAUGUUUUGUAUGGAUAUAAUUUUGAAUUGUACAUAUUUUUUGACGUCAGAGGUUGCAUCUCUUUAUAUACGGCUGUCCCCUUCUAUCCCAACCCUUCAUUUAUUUCUUUGUCUUUGCUUUAUUUCUUGUAAAGGAAAAUAAAAUGCAUUUUAAAUAUA